CUCUUCUCUAGUCCACGAACAACCGCGGCCCAGACGACCUUUAAAAGUUGUGUAGUCCUCGCACGCCGAAAAGUUGAGAGCCAUGGCAGCGAAGUUCGCGGACGAGAGAAUAGCCGCUGUUAUCGCAACGUUUACUGUGGGGGGCAACGGCCCCUGUGGGCAAGACGACACACCCUUUGAGGCCACGUACGGCUACUACUACCUGCUGAAGCAUUGCACCGCUGAAGAUGCCCUCUGCCGGUAGCAGUCAUGACGCGUCAACAAACAAGCGCACAGCACGCAGAUGCGAACAGGGAUGAUUUCACUCCAUGAGAUGCGGUUGUGAACUUGAGGCGACGUUCCCGAUAGCGCGCUUGUUUUGCACCGAGAGUGUUUACAGGUGAACACCGGACGUUCACCUUAGCGACCCAACUGGAGGGAACAGUAAUGGAAGUUUUAGGCCCCAAAGAUUCUGCCAGGCUCAUCGCUGAAUCUUCAAAGGAUGUUUCCAUUUCCCAAGAAGGCAUCUCCAAGGUUGCAGAUCUUGUCCAGGACGGUUUUCGAGCUGGAACAUUCAGCAUCCACUCCUGGAAGAAGCACCAUUUGCAUCCAAAAGUAGCAGACAACAGGGCAGCAGAGUGGAUCUUCUUAGUCGAUUCACUCAACUUCUCGUUCUGGUCUAAGGAUGACCAAUGGUAUGAAGUUACAUUUGAAGGAAACAAGUACUCUGGCUACUGGUCGCUAUGCGCAGCGGUCAACCGGGCUCUUCAGGAAGGGACUCCAUUGCUGAACCCGGAAUUUCGCCGGGACAUUUCACGUGAAGCAGUUGAGAAAAUCUUCCGUUCAGACUCUGGUGUGCCAAUGCCACUGCUAGAGGAGCGUCAUCGAAUCAUCAGGGAAUGUGGCAAAGGUCUCUGCGAGGAACACUAUGGAACUCUCUGCAAAGGUUCUGGAUCCUUGACAUUUGGUGGAUCCUUUACCAACUGCAUUACUCAGUCCAGUCAAAGCUGCCAGAAGCUCAUCAAUCUGUUGGCAGAACAUUUCCCAUCAUUUCGUGAUGAGGCUGUCUUUGAGGGCUUUAGAGUGUCAUUCUACAAACGGGCUCAGAUACUUGUUGCCGAUUUAUGGUCCUGCUUCGAGGGGGAAAACCUUGGCCGCUUCCAUGACAUAGCAACGCUCACAGCAUUCGCGGACUACAGGGUACCCCAAGUUCUGGCAUAUUUUGGAGCACUACAGUAUUCGCAGCAUCUGGAGGAAAUGCUUGCCAAAGAUCUAAUCAUGGAAAAUGGACAACGAGAAGAAAUGGAAAUUCGAGGAGCAAUGCUUCAUGCCUGUGAACUCGUCCGUGAGGAGCUCAGCAGGCGUGCCAAGGAUGAUGAUGUAUUGGGCAGCAUAAACUCUGUGCUAGUGGACUACUUCUUAUGGGACUACCGCCGCAAGCAUGCAAAUGAUUUGGAUCAUAUUCCUUUCCAUAAAGUGCGUUGUAUAUAUUACUAAGGACAUGUCGAUGUAUUGUUUUCUCAACAGUUGUGCUGGAGUUGUUAGACAUAAAUAUUUUGAACUUG